UAAAACAUGUUUUGCUUACAGUUAACAAUGGAUGAUGCUGAAUCUGAUUCACUCUACGCCUUCGUUGCGAAAUUAGAAAAUAUUAAACCCUUGUCAAAUCUGCUGAAGUCACUGAGUUUCAAGGAGAGAGCAAAUUUCUUUAUUUCUCCAAACGGAAUGAAGGUGACAGUUGAGGAAUCUAAAUGUAUGCAGUUGUCAGCCUUCAUCGAGCAGGGAUAUUUUCACCAAUAUUUGGUCAGGUAAUAUGUAAUGCUAGCUGAAGGAACCGGCGUUGCCCGUGGAAAAAGA